UUGGCCGCCCUUCCUUUAGCCAGGCCAUGAAGAGCUUCACGAAGCGAGAGGCGGACCGGAGGACGUUCCUGGAGCAGGUUCGGGAGAGCAAGGAGAACGGCUACCUGCUCUCCUCCAAGAAGAUAGGCUCCGGAGCCUUCUCCAAGGUCUACCUGGGGUACGCCACCCAAGAGAAGAUGAUGCAGAACUACAAGCUGGCCUCCGACCUCCGCAGCAAGCGGCACUCCAUGGUUGCCAUCAAGAUCAUCUCCACGGCAGAAGCACCGGUCGAAUAUACCAAGAAGUUCCUCCCCAGAGAAAUCUACUCCCUCAACGUGACCUACAAGCACUUGAACGUGAUCCAGCUGUAUGAGAUGUACCGGAACAACAAGCGCACCUACCUGGUCCUGGAGCUGGCCUCCCGGGGAGACCUCCUGGAGCACAUCAACGCCACUUCGGACCGGAGGGAGCUCCCGGGGCUGGAGGAGGAGGAGGCCCGCAGGCUCUUCCGGCAGAUUGUCAGCGCCGUAGCUCACUGCCACAACGUCGGCAUCGUCCACAGGGAUUUGAAAUGUGAGAACAUUUUGCUGGACGAACGUGGCUUCAUUAAGCUAACUGAUUUUGGGUUCGCCAACCGCUAUUCCCUGAAGAACUCCCUGAUGAGCACGUUCUGUGGCUCCGUGGCCUACACCGCCCCAGAGAUCCUCAUGAGCAAGAAGUACAACGGGGAGCUGGCUGACCUAUGGAGCCUUGGGGUGAUCCUCUACGCCAUGGUGACAGGGAAGCUCCCCUUCAAGGAGCGCCAGCCGCACAAGAUGAUCCACGUCAUCCGGCAGGGACUCGCCUUCCGGCAGCCCAUCUCUCCAGAAUGCCAGAACCUCAUUGAGAGCUUGCUCCAGCUGAAGCCAGCUGCCCGCUUGGGGCUGCAGCAGGUGGCCACGCACCGCUGGAUGCUGCCGGCCACAUCGGCCAUCUUCCACCGGGUGAUGAGUUCCAUGGGGGUCCACCCCUCCGAGUGCAAGAUGAGCCAGGAGAAGUCACAGCUGAGCCCAGGUGAGACAGGCGGCUCUAUCUCGCAGCUCCCCGGUCUGGAUGGCCCGGCUAAGACAACCGAGGGUCCAUCCAAGGAUCCCAAGCCAUUGUCGGCACCGGCCCCGCGUGCUGCCUCAGCCUCUGGCGCCUUCCCGACCCGUCCCAAGACGGAGAAGAAGAGCUCUGACUCACCGGCGUCAGCAACGACAGUGCCAGCAAUGUCGCUGACGGCUCACGGCCUGCUCCAGCUGCCCUCCCCGCGCAAGACGGAGCGCCCGCCGCGGCUGUCCCUGUACCGGCCCAGCCUGCUGACCACCCUGCAGCCCUUCCACCACCUGCCCCACUUCCGCAAGCCCGGCUCUGCCUUCUCCACCAGCGCUUAUGUGGCCAGCAAGCGCAUGGCGGCUGGGGAGAAGGGGCCGGUGCGGUCGGCAGCGGCGGUGCUGGGCGGCGGAGGCGGGAGUGGGUCGGCCAGCCUCUCCAAGCAGGUGCACUCCCUGUACACCAUGACGCCGUGCCCGUGACCCACGGACCGGCCCCACGUCACCUCGGACUCAUGCGCGGCUCCGGCGGUGGGGCUGAGACGGAGCCGAAGGACAAGAGGCAGCGAGCAAUAUUAAAUAUUAUUCAGAGUCCCACCCGGGCUGCCUGCUGAAUGGGGGCAGCUUUCUCUAAGGCACCUGCCGCGGACGAGAGACGUCUCAGGUGUUGCCGUUGGCCAGCUUUGCAGUUCUAUUUCUAUAUCCUUGCUCUGUGUGGCGGCCUCGCACCCUCCUGCUCUUGCCAUCUCUGCCACUUAACUAGCCAAACCUAUUGUCCCCAUAUUUUAAAAAAGAGCAGGGGAAAAGAAGAGCCAAAUACUAGGAAAGAUUCUGGAAGCAAAUCAUUAAAGAGACUGUAACCACUUAGAAA